AUGAGGACAUGCAGCACGUCGUUAAACGAUGCCUCCCUCCCCAUCAGUGCUGAUAAACCGCAUCGCAUAAUGGUUACGGCACCUCCCACACCGCAUCCCUUCCCCCUCUGUCAGCCCCUCCUUACAGCAGCUGUGGGAAAGCGGGGAGGGGGUGCUGGGGAAUGUUUUUUCCAAUCACAGCAUACAUUCCCCAUCUCACAGCACCUCCCUUUCCCCUAUCACAGCAACUCGCUUCCCCCUCUCACCUCACCUCCCUUCCCCCUCUCACCUCACCUCCCUUCCCCCUCCCUAGGCACCUCUCUUCCCCCUCUCACAUCGUUGCAUUCCCCCCAGCAAGCACCGCCCUUCCCCCCUCCGACUCCGCCUAUCUCCACCCGGCCAGCACCUCCCUCCGCCAUCUCUCAGCACCUCACUUCCCCCUCUCUCAGCACCUCUAUUCCCCCUCUCACUUCCCUUUCCUCCCCCCUCUGUCCUCUCAACCUUCCCCCUCUCACAGCACCUCCCUUCCCCCUCUGUACUCACCUCCCUUCCCACUAUGACAUUACCUCGUCCGCCCUCUCUCAGCACCUCUCUUCCCCAUCUCAUAUCAUUGCAUUGCCCCAGCCAGCCCUUCCCCCCUCCGACACCGCAUUUUUCCUCCCUGCCAGCACCUCCCUUCCCCCUCUCUCAGCACCUCCCUUCCCCCUCUGUUCUCACCUCCAAUUCCGCUCUCUAACUAAACCUACCUUCCCCCUCUCUCAGCAAACCUCCCUUCCCCCUCUCUCAGCAAACCUCCCUUCCCCCUCUCUCAGCAAACCUCCCUUCCCCCUCUCACAGCACCUUCCUACCCCGUCUCAUCGCACCUAA